UUUCAACUAUCCUUGUAGCAUGUAGACGACGCUUAUCACGGGAACCAUCCUGGGAUAUUCUCCGUGCUAGCCAGGGGUUUCAUGGCUUUCUAGUGGCUAGAGCCCUCUCCGGCACAUCUUGCCAAACCGAAAUCUGGGAAUUGAGUUGUCAUCGCAUUAUGUGCAAUCUCUUAAAAACUUGGAAUGAAGCCCCUAACCUACCUGGUAUAAACAAGGGUAUUAGGUAUAAUACAAGUGGUGUUGAUGCUUGAAGCGCCCACCUCCACGAUUCGGCUUUAUAUGAGGUCCGCGCGCCAGUCGUCCUUACUGUUUAGGUAGACAGCUUUGUGAGAUGCUGUCGCUCCGUCUGACACUCGCUCUCCAGGAAAAAUGUGUUACCACUUGUUACUUUCAUUGCUCUGCAGCUCGUCGCUAGUAGCUUUUGGCAUAGCACAAGGCGACGGCUAUAUAGGCUACGACCUCAGAAGGCGCGGAGAUCCGGAGUCAGUCAAUUACGAAACGGCAGAUACGCCCGGCGUCGACCUACCCGAGGAACCAGAUGUAUACCUCAACGCUACCGUAUCGGUAGGCGAGAUCGAUAUCGAGGUUGAUAACAUAACCGCCAAGAUAAAUCUCGACGCCAGGGUUUUAAAUCUGCUACAUUUUACAGCCGGCGUGGCUGCUUCGAUCGAUAGGGUGUCUCUGAAGAUCGAGAACGUGAGCGCGAAGGUGGAACUGGAAGCCAGACUUGGAAAUGUUGUCCAGAUGAUUGGAGAUGUGUUGAAUACUGUUGACUUGAAUCCUAUUGUCGCGACUCUCGGAAAGAACGUUGGCAGCAUCGUCGGAAAUCUUACCGACGACCUGGGAGAGAGCUCAACUUCGUCAUCAAGUACGGCUUCCGCAACCAACUCCAAGAGAGACGUGCUAGAUUACAACCUAGCCUACAAUAUCCUCUACUCUGUUAACGACUAUUCCGGCCAGACACACACUAACCGUAUUCUGGCGCAGAACGGUAGCAUCUACGAUUCCCUGCUUGAUAACGAUGGAAACGAGCAUGGUCGUCAAGUAGUAGGUUACUACAGCAGAGACAUGAAGUUCACGGGACAUAACAGAACCAUUACCAUUGAUGGGAAGACAGAAUAUGAGCUUUCUUACGAAUACAAGCCAUUUCCGGGUCUAGAUGCCGUUGCAAAUAUCUAUGUGACGCCAUCAGGACAAGUGGUGAGGACACAAGUUAUAGCUGAAGGGCAAGGAGGAGGUACUAGUACUAUUAGCGAUGAUGCGGCCGACGAUGAGGGCGCUUAAAAAAUUGGUAGAUGGAUAAUGGUUUAUGCACCUCUACCUCCUAAGUUAAUUCGAUACAUGACUUAUUCGUGAGAUGAGUGAAGAAUUCCAAGGUUGUUUGCGCUGUAUGAAAAAGGAGUUAAAUAGAGGGAACUUCCAGCGUGUUUCCCGCCUAGCCCUACCCCUGCCACUGCCCCGCUCACCGUCCUCUUCCCUGUACCACGUACCCACCUAGGAGGUACCUAACCUAAAGCUAGCCGGGCUAGUUCGAUCUUGC